UCAAACGUCUGUGAUGCUCGUGAGCCGCUGCAGCUUCUGCGUUGAAUGAAACUGCAAUUUACUGAUAAUAUUUUGUGAAAUAAUCUCAGUAACAGACUUCAAGACAUUUUUAGAACGUUUCGGGUUAUUUUAAAACGUUUUCGGAGAUGAGUUAGCACGCAGAAGAGACAAAUUAGGGAGUCAAACUGCCAGGAGGACGCUAGGUGAAGUUAUGCUACCUGAACUGGAGCCGUUGGCUGUUUUUUUUUGUUUUUUUUUAUCUCGACGAUAAAUAGUUAAAGUAUUUUUAUUGUUUUUUAGUUUCCUCCGAGGUCUGUUUAACAUGCAGCAUCAGGCUGUAGGAGGGACAGCUGACACACCUGGACAGGUAUGAACGCUGCUGACAUCAAAGUAAAGAGAGUUUCCUCGCGGAAGAGGUCGAGAGAGCACCUGAGGACUCACCUGAGACCCGCCGGGAGGACAGCAGGCGGAGGUCCCUGUCCACAGAAAUGUCCCCAGACCUGGAGGCUCUGCAGCAUCAUGGCUGACCCGCAGUACUGCAGUGACAGCGAGGACCUGUUCGGGGACUAUGACAGCAUCCUGGAGGACAGCUCUCUCCUGGCGAAGCUGGACGAUGCCGAACAGACCGAGAGGCAGCGUGACGUCCAGCCGCAGAUUCAGCCGGACUUCACGACUCUGCGGCCGCCGAAAGACGCCAUCCGGAGACAGUCCUGCGAGGACGUUCUCACCGACUCCAUCUUGGACGCCCUCGGAGACGAGCCCUUCGAGGACUUACCGGCCAGCCAGCUUCAGUUUCAGGAGCAAGUCGACGAGAGGGCGAAGAGGAUCAGACUGCAGGACGGAGACAAAACCUCCACGCCGGUCAGAAACGUGGAGGACAAACCCCAGAGACAAACCGGUAGGAGACGCAGCAUGAAGGACCAGCUGAAGAGGACAAUGGUCUGUAACGCGGCAGCGCCGUCCCCCGUCUCACGCUCCGUGAUGUUGAAAGAAGCCGUGGUCUCUGAGGAGAUCAGCGUCGCCAUGCAGGCCAUGGAGACGGUUUCUACGGAGACCACCGACCUCGGGCCGUUCUUCGGACUCCCCUCCAAAGUCAAAGAGCUGAUGUUCAAACUGAGAGGAAUCCGGAGUUUAUACGACUGGCAGGAGACGUGUCUGAACCUGGACUGUGUUCAGCAGAGGAAGAACCUCAUCUACUCUCUGCCCACCAGCGGCGGGAAAACUCUGGUUGCAGAGAUCCUGAUCCUCCGAGAGCUGCUGUGCCGGAGGAAGGACUGUCUGUUCAUCUUACCGUACAUAUCGCUGGUGCAGGAGAAGGUGCGGGGGUUGGCGGUUUUGGGCCUGGAGCUGGACUUCCUGGUGGAGGAGUACGCCGGCAGUAAGGGCAGGUUUCCUCCGGUGAAGAGACGAAACUCGAAGUCGCUGUACAUCGCCACGAUAGAAAAAGCCCACAGCCUCGUCAACUCUCUGAUAGAGAGCGACCGGAUCGACGCCCUCGGGCUGGUGGUGGUGGACGAGCUUCACAUGUUGGGCGACGGCAGCAGAGGAGCCGUUAUUGAAACGACGCUGGCCAAAGUUCUCUACACCAACAAAUCGACGCAGAUUAUCGGAAUGAGCGCCACUCUGGGAAACAUCAGAGACCUGCAGACGUUUCUGAGGGCCGAAAACUACACAAACGACUUCAGGCCUGUGCAGCUGAAGGAGUACGUUAAACUGCAGGACACCAUCUACGAGGUGGACCCGAAGGAGGAGGACUGCUUUAAAUUCUCACGUCUGCUCAACUUUAAGUACUCGAGCUCGAUGCAGAAGACGGAUCCGGAUCACAUCAUCGCUCUGGUGACUGAAGUCAUCCCGACUCACUCCUGCCUGGUCUUCUGCCCCACCAAGAAGAACUGUGAGAACGUGGCCGGGAUGAUCUGCAGAUAUCUGAAGGAGGAGUUCCUGCAGAUCCGGGAGGCGGAGAAGGCCGUCCUGCUCCGAGAGCUGAGGGAAAGCGGGAACGGCUCGGUGUGUCCGGUGCUCAGGAGGACGGUGCCGUACGGUUUGGCGUAUCACCACAGCGGCCUGACCUCCGAGGAGAGGAAGCUGGUGGAGGAGGCGUACGCCGGCGGCGUGCUGUGCCUCCUCACCUGCACCUCCACCCUGGCUGCAGGCAUCAACCUGCCGGCCCGCAGGGUGAUCCUGCGCUCGCCGUACGUGGCCACGGACUUCCUGAAGAGGAGCCAGUAUAAGCAGAUGGCGGGCCGGGCGGGUCGAGCCGGGAUCGACUCGGAGGGAGAGAGCAUCCUCAUCCUGCAGGACAGAGACAGGAACAUGGCUAAAACUCUCGUUUGUGCUCCGAUGGAAAACUGUUACAGCAACCUGCUGCAGGACGACGGAAAAGGCCUCCUGAGUCUCAUCCUGUCGCUCGUCGGAUUAAACAUCAGCAGGUCGCUGGAUCAGGUGUUGGACUUCCUGUCCGGGACGCUGCUGUCCGUCCAGCAGAAGCAGCUGUGUGCAGAGAAGAGUCUGACGGAGACGGUGCAGCAGAGCGUCCAGCUGCUGAAGGACAAACAGCUCGUCUCUGUGAGCGAGGACGCUCACGGUCAAAGUCUGCACAUCACGAAGCUCGGAAAAGCUACGUACAAAGGCUCAGUGGAUCUGACCUACAGUGACCUGCUGUACUCAGACCUGUGUAAAGGUCUGGAGGGGCUGCUGCUCAACAGUCACCUGCACCUGCUCUACCUGGUCACUCCGUACGACAUGAUCGCUCAGUGCAAACCGGACUGGAUGCUGUACCUCAGACAGUUCACGCUGCUGUCCGCGGCCGAGCAGAAGAUGUCCGCAGCCGUCGGCGUCCCCGAGAGUUUUGUAGCCCGAAAAGCUGCCGGACAGACGGUCAGGAAGAGUGUGAACAUGGACGCAGUGAGGCGGAUGUAUCUGGCCCUGGUGCUGUUUUUUCUGCUGAAGGAGACGAACCUGUGGAGCGUGGCCGACCGCUUCCAGCUGAGCCGAGGCUUCGUCCAGAGUCUCCUCAGCUCGUCCUCGGCCUUCUGCUCCUGCGUCCUGCACUUCACUGAGGAGCUGGAGGAGUUGUGGCCGUUCAGAGCUCUGCUGUCGGAGUUGACUCGCAGGCUGAGCUACUGUGUGACGGCUGAACUGGUCCCUCUGAUGGAGGUGGCUGGGGUCAUGGAGUCCAGAGCGAAGCAGCUUUAUAACGCCGGCUAUAAAACGCUGCCUCACCUGGCGAACGCCGACCCGACGGUUCUCUGCCGCACCAUCGAAAACCUGUUUAAGAAACAAGCCAAUCAGAUCGUGGCUGCUGCCAAGAUGCUGCUGAGUGAAAAAGCUGCAGCUCUGCAGGAGGAAGUGGACGAGCUGCUGACGAAGCCGUCAGAUCUGCCCUGAACUCAACUCUCGUUGUUUUUAUCGUUUGAAAUGCACGUCUUUAUUAAAUUAAUGGACACGAAGGGCUCAACGUGAUUUAUUUUAUAUUAAAAAAAAAAUACAAAUAAUAGAAGAACUUUGUGUUACAGUUUGUAUGAAAAGUCUGAGUUUGUC